AUGUUGGCAAGCGGCACUCUCGUCGUCGUUGCAGCACUGCAACUGGCCACGGCCCAGCUCCUCUGUUACUUUCCCAACGGCAGACAGAGCACCGACGUGCCAUGCAACGUCUCCGCCCCAGUGAGCAUGUGCUGCGGCUCAUCGAAAGCGUGUCUAUCCAACGGCCUCUGCCUCCUCGACGACACGACAUCUAGCAGCGGAAAUAGCUACGCCCGCGGGACGUGUACCGACCCGCAGUGGACCAGCGACCUGUGCCCGAAGCAGUGUCUCUUGAACCAAGAUUCCCCGGACAACUCCUCGGCCUACGAUUUCCGCAGCAGCGGCGUCCAAGUGUGGGAGUGUGACCGGCAGGGGUACGGCGCGGAGGCGGAAUACUGCUGCGAGUCGGACCGGGAAAAGACACGGUGCUGCAGUACUUCGACGGCUGUCUUCAAGCUCCCUGCCGCGACGGUUGGCAACGCUGUGGGCCAGGUUUUGACGACGGCGACAGCGGCGGCGGCAACAGCUACGACGACGACAAGCUCCCCAAGCCAUGACGCGACGAGCACGAGUGACGGAUUUGCCACUGCGGCUGCAACCGCGCCGGCAGAGACAUCAACAGACACACCCGAUGAACCUUCUUCGGGCCUCAGUGUCGGCGCGAUUGCGGGCAUUGGGGUUGGAGUUGGUGUAUUUGUUGCGGGUCUAGCCCUUUUGGCGGCGGUUUGGUUUUACCGGCGCCACGCAAAGAAAACCAAAGCAGAGGUGCACGGCGAAGUUACUUCGGAAAAGUACACAGGCGUGAAAGAGCUGGAAGGGCGACAU